UUAUAUCUAAAGUUUUCUGAUGAUUGAGAAUAAAUAUUAGAGUCAACUCAUGAAGUAUUUUAAGGCAAAGCAGAGUAAGACUUGUUCAAAUGAAGGGCUUCAUAACCUUUAAAGUCCCAUAAUCCUCUUAACUAUACUGAAUAUGAAAACUCACCAAAGAUGGUCCGAUCAGAUUCAGAAGAUAGCUCUGCAGAGUUUAUUUGUGGCUGGGGGUCUGCCUUCGUUAAUAUUACACUCACUUUUCCCAUCAACAAAGUCAUGUUUCGCCAGCAACUAUCAGGCGUGCGAACAUUUGCUGCCCUCAAACAAUUGCAAACGGAGGGCUUACGUAACCUGUACAGGGGACUCUUUCCUCCACUGAUACAAAAAACUGCCUCAAUGACAUUGAUGUUUGGAAUAUACUACAAGUGUUGUAAUUAUAUGAACAAAGAAUAUCCCCAGUCUCCAUAUUUUAAUAGCAUGGUUUCAGCCACCUUUGCUGGGGCUCUGGAGGCUUUUCUGUUACCCUUUGAGAGAAUUCAAGUUCUCAUGCAGGACAAAAAUUACAACCAUCGAUUUGAAAAUGCCAGGCAUGCCGCAAAAGAGUUGAGGUCAAUUUAUGGCGUGAAGGAAUUCUACAGAGGUGGCUCGGCAGUUCUUCUGAGGAACUGUGGCAGCAAUAUUUUAUUCUUUCUCGGCAGGGACUAUUUAAUGAAUGCUCUUCCUUAUCCUGAUUCUGUGCUGGAGAGAACGUCACAAGACUUUAUUUGUGGGGCAGCACUUGGAGCCUCUCUAAGCACACUGUUUUAUCCCGUAAAUGUUGUGAAGGUGAAGAUGCAGAGUAAGGUCGGAGGAACAUUUGAAGGUCUGCUCCAUACCUACAGAAUUGUGCAAGAAGAAAGGAAACAUAGUAUUCGCAAACUCUUUCGAGGAGUGCAUAUUAAUUUUACAAGAUCUUUUCUUUCUUGGGGCAUUGUAAAUGCAACAUAUGAAUUUCUCAUGGUUAAGCUUUUUAGUAGAAGCUCUAGAAAAAAUAAUCAUGUUAGCUGAUUUAUGAAUUAUUUUUUUUAGUAUCUAGUACUAAUGUAUUUAUAAUGCAUUUUAUGG